AUGUCCCGCACUAUCACGUUCGAUAUCCCGUCCAGUUACAAACUCAUAGACCUCAUCGGCGAAGGCGCAUACGGGACAGUAUGUUCCGCUUUACACAAACCAUCACAGGUCAAAGUGGCCAUCAAGAAGAUCCAACCUUUCUCCAAACGCAUGUUCGUCACACGAACACUCCGUGAGAUCAAAUUACUCCGGUUCUUCCACGCUCACGAAAACAUCAUCAGUAUCCUCGACCAAGUCACACCGCAAACCGUACAAGAGUUACAAGCAGUGUACAUCGUCCAAGAACUAAUGGAGACGGACUUACACCGUGUCCUUGCCGCACAGAGACUCAGCGACGAUCACAUCCAGUACUUCGUGUACCAGACCCUAAGGGCACUCAAGGCGAUCCACUCAGCGGGUGUCAUACACAGAGACAUCAAACCGUCAAACCUUCUCCUCAACUCGAACUGUGACUUGAAAGUAUGCGAUUUCGGACUCGCCCGAUGUCUGCAGAGCUCAUCCGCGUCCCGUGAGACUAUGUUCGGGUUCAUGACCGAGUACGUAGCUACAAGGUGGUACCGUGCCCCCGAGAUCAUGCUCUCCUUCCAAGAGUACACCACGGCAAUGGAUAUCUGGUCGGUAGGGUGUAUCCUAGCGGAGAUGCUCUUGGGGAGACCGCUGUUCCCAGGCAGGGACUACCACCACCAACUGUGGCUCAUCCUUGAAAUCCUGGGGACACCACACCCUGCAGACUUCGACCAGAUCAAGUCCCGCCGGGCAAGGGAGUACAUCGCGGGGAUGCCCCUCAGGCAGAGGAAACCUUGGGACUUGGUGUUCUCCAGGCCCAUAGAUACAAGUUUACUCGAUUUGCUCACAAGAAUGCUCACGUUCAACCCGGACAACCGCAUCACGGCCCACGAGGCAUUAGAACACGCGUACCUCGCUCCCUACCAUGACCCAACAGACGAACCGGCGUACCAACCGCUCGAUGUCGAAACGGACGCAUUCUGGAAGAUGGACAACAACAUCGAAGCGGCAGUAACCAGCACGGUACAAGACGACGAAGACGCAGAUGAGGACGACGCCACGAUGCACACGCUCAAGCGACUGCUCUUCGAAGAAUUGCACAAGCCGCUCCUGUGA